AGCGGAGCAGAGCGAGGCGGGAGGCCCCGGCGGGACCGGAGCGGAGCAGAGCGGGGCGCCCCGACGGGGCGGGAGCGGGGCGGAGCGGAGCAGAGCGGGGCGUCCUGGCAGGACCGAACCGGAGCGGAGCGAGGAACCCCGGCGGGACCGAACCGGAGCGGAGCGGGGCGCCCCGACGGGGCGGGACCGGGGCGGAGCGGGGCGGGAGGCCCCGGCGGGACCGGGGCGGAGCAGAGCGGGGCGCCCCGACGGGGCGGGACCGGAGCGGAGCGGGGCGCCCUGCCCGCCCCCGGCCCCGCCCGCCCCGGUGCCGCCCGCCCCGCGGGGCCGGGCUGCGCCGCAGCCGCCGCUCGCCCGGAGAGGGGCCGGCGGCGGCGGGGCGGUCGUGGGCUCUCUCAUGCGUCGCUUCGGUCGUCUGCCCUCAACUCUCUGGUGCCAGGCCUUUGUGGAGAAUGGUGGCUUCCUCUUUCCGCUACGGAGUGACCAUCACGGGGGCCGUGCUGCUGGUGACAGGGACGCUGUGCUUCGCUUGGUGGAGCGAUGGGGAGAUAGGCGCCGUGGCCGGCAGCGGGGCUCAGCUCGUGCCCCCCCGCGAAGCCGAGGCGGUGCCCAGCUCCUCGCCCAACGCGCUGCUCCGCUCCGUGAGCUUCUUCUGCUGCGGCAUCGGCGGCAUCCUGCUCCUCUUCGGGCUGCUGUGGUCCGUGAAAGCCAACGCCAGGGUGGUGUCCCGACGCUACCAGUACCACUUCCCCAGGGACCUCCAGUACUUCGCCGCGGAGCCCCUUGAGAAGUGGAACUGCAGCGGCUGGGACGCCAGCGCCAUCCCCACCUACGAGGAGGCCCUGAGCUGCCGGCCGGCCCCCGGCGCCCUGGCCUACGUGGAGCCGCCGGGGAGGAAGGAGCAGGGCACGCCGCCCCUCUACCGCGACCCGCGGGAGGAAGAGGAGGAGGAGGAGGAGCGCUGGCGGGGCGGGCGCCGACGCAGCUCCUCGGACGGCGCCUUGUGCCGCGCCAGCCCGCCCUGGCCGGGCCCCGGCGAGCCGCGGGCCACGCCACCCCCCAGCUACGAGCACAUCGGUGCCGGGGGCGUCUGAGCCGCGGGCGGCCCCGGGCCCCGGGACAGGCGUCUUCCCGCGCGAGGGCCACGGGGGAGAUGCUCAUCGCGGCGGCCCGCGGCGGACCAGCCUGGGGGGCUCGGCGACCGCGAGCCCGGGCUGAAGCAGCGCGCGGAGCCCUUCCCCUCAUCACGGACACCGAAAACCGGAGCCUCCCGAGCUGCAUGCACUGACGGCAGAGACGCUGCCGCCCUCGCUGCUCAAACGCCCGGCCGGGCGCCGGCGGCCGCGCGGGGCCACGCUGGGUGCUUUCGGCUUUGGGGCGGAGGGUGCGGGAGGGACGCAGGGCUCGUCUGCCCCGUUGCUUGGCUUGCUUUUCCCCUCUCCUCCGCCCGUGUAACGCGCUCUCCAUCCUCAGCUCUGCCGCUUCCACUUGGUUUCCCCCAAUUUCGGCUCCCCACGCCUCGCAUUGCUUGGGUUAAAAAUGCUCAGUGGCUCGUGUGCGUGUGCAGGGCAUCGACGUGCGCGUGGCAGCGUCCUGGAAAAAGCCGUCCGGAGCCGCGGCGUCUUCUCUGCCCCCAAUAAACACGUCCGCCCCGUGCCGACAGCAAA